GGAGCUCCAACGGGGCUCCGGACACAACGGAUAGAGCAGAGGCGGUCGGAUACCGACUGUUCUCUCAAACUUGUUCCAAGUUUUUUUCAAAGUGUGGAUUUUUAUCUCGAUUUUCUCGGGAAAAGUGAGCUUUUGGAUUAACUUUCUCAUAAGGAAUACCGUGUUUACCGUUUAAAGUGGGUGCCUGCAGUUGCGGUCCUCAUGCCCUCUUCUGCCAGUGCUGCUUGGCCUGCUGAGCCUACAGCUGAGUCUGUGCCGGGCUGCAGCUGAAACUGGACUGCAGGUCCUGGACAGUGGUGGAGGUGGGUCGUCACAGGGCCCAGGAACCUCAACAGCAGGCACAAGAGACCUGCAUUGUCCUGGCCACACGAAGAUGAACAAACUGAACUUCCACAACAACAAAACCAUGCAGGACCGCCGCUGUGUUUGUGUCUUUUUGCCCAAUGAUGACACUCUCAAUAUCAUCAUCAACGUGAAAACCUUGUGCCAGGAACUUUUGGUCCAAGUGUGUGACCUCCUCAGACUAAAGGACUGUCACCUUUUUGGACUCAGCAUCAUUCAGAAUAAUGAGCACAUCUACAUGGAGUUGGACCAGAAGCUGUCUAAAUACUGCCCCAAAGAAUGGAAGAGAGAAGCCAGCAAGGGUAUCGAUCAGUUUGGGCCUCCGAUGAUCAUUCACUUCAGAGCUCAGUAUUAUGUAGAAAACGGGAGGUUGAUCAGCGACCGGGUAGCCAGGUACUACUACUACUGGCACCUGAGGAAACAGGUGCUGCUGUCUCAGUGCAUCCAAAGAGAGGAGGCCUACUUCCUCCUAGCAGCCUUCGCCCUUCAAGCUGACCUUGGUAACUUCAAACGCAACAAGCACUUUGGGAAGUACUUUGAACCUGAAGCCUACUUCCCCCAAUGGGUGGUUGCUAAGCGUGGCCGUGAAUACAUCCUGAGGCAUAUCCCCAACAUGCACAAAGACCAGUUCGCUCUCACGGCUUCAGAGGCUCACCUGAAGUUCAUUAAAGAGUGUGCUCAGCUUGAUGAUGUCACAGUCCACUACUACAGACUCUACAAGGACAAAAAAGAAGUGGAGGCAUCUCUAACUCUGGGACUGACUUUACGUGGAAUCCAAAUAUUUCAGAACGUCGGCUCUGUGAGGCAGCUGUUGUACGACUUCCCCUGGAACAACGUAGGAAAGCUGGUGUUUGUGGGGAAGAAGUUUGAGAUCCUUCCUGAUGGUCUGCCCUCAGCCCGUAAACUCAUCUACUACACCGGCUGUCCCGUACGCUCCCGCCACCUCCUGCAGCUGCUCAGCAACAGCCACCGGCUCUACAUGAACUUACAACCGGUCCUCAAACAAGUCCGUCGGCUCGAGGAAAAUGAAGAAAAGAAGCAGUACCGGGAAUCGUACAUCAGCGAUGCUCUGGAGCUGGACAUGGAGCAUCUGGACAAGCGUUCCCGGGCCAGCGGCAGCAGCGCGGGCAGCAUGUCUCACCCUAACCGUCUGUCUCGCCACUCCACCACCAGCCAUGGCAGCUCGCACACAUCUGGCAUUGAAACAGACAGCUUCAGGGCCCCGGGCCAGACCCCACACAGGCCCCUACGCACCUGCAGCUCCUCCACAACCAGCCACGGGAGCUCUCACACCUCCGGCAUCGAGAGCAGCGGCAAGGAUCGCAUCCUGGAUGAUGACGAUGAGAUCGAGAUGCUGGUAGACGACCCUAAAGACUACGAGGAGCUUCAUGAGGUGGCUCUGGAACAGGAGCUGUGCAUUCACAUCACAGAGGACAUGCUGACCAUGUCUCCAGAUCAGACCAACGGGUUGUCAGGACUGAUAGUAAAAGACGUCAGUUCGUCCACCUCCAGUUCGUCAGAGACUGUUGUGAAGAUGAGAGGACAGAGCAUCGAGUCCCUUCCACAGACCUCUACCUGCAGAAAGCCUCAGGCAUCCACCGAUCGCCACAGCCAGUCGCUGGAUGACAUUCGGCUCUACCAGAAGGACUGGCAGCAGUGGGCGGAGCUCUGUCAGGACACCGCCCAAAGCUACACGUUUGGUUGCGCUCAGGAGCUGAGCGACAGCACCGGCUACCAGAAUCUGGCCGAGCAGCGUACCGGCAUGCUCGGAGAGCAGCACCCUUUCCUCGUCAAGAGGACAAAUAAGUACUUCUCUCUGGACCUGACGAGCGAAGAGGUGCCCGAGUUUGUGGUGUGAUGGACCAGGUGACCGCAGGGAGUUCACUCUUCCUCCUGGUGGAGAUGUUUCAGGCCUCAAGGAACAAGACGUGAGAGAGGAGCUUUGUGUAUUCUGGGCAGCAAGCAGCAGCCAUAAUAUAACUAACAAUAAGUCUGCUCGCCCUUCGUCUUCCACCUGAGACAUUCUGAAAGGACAAGGAGGAUUUUGUCUGAAAUCUGAAUUAAUAAUAAAGAAGAGAAUCUGUUUUUAACAUAUAACCCGUUCUGCUCCUCAUGUCAGAGGAAACAGAGGGGAUCACAUUAUUGUUUUCAUUUAAAUCCAAGUUUCAGCAGCUUGACAGUGUAAUAAAAGAAGUCUUGUACUUGUGAGUGAGCAGCAGACUGCUGCUCGGACAAAUAUCAAAGAUUUUCUUGUGAGGAGUGAAAGGAUGAAUGCACUCUGAGCUACAAACCAAAGAGAAAAAGAACGGAGCGUUUAUUCAGCGUGACAGAAGAUGGACCUGAGAUGACGUCUCCCCUUCCCCUCGUCGCCGCCGUGCCUUCGUCACACAAUGCAGGUGUCAAAUUCUGGCUCUGACAAUCACAUUCCUUCCCUUUUAGCUUCUUUAAGGACUCAAGCCAUCAGACGACAACGUUCAGCGUUUAUCAACUUUGUUUGCACGUCUCCGAAAGAUCAAAUAGAUACAAACACAAUAUAAACACUUUUCCACCACGGGGUCAGGCGCAUGUUCUAACUUGUCCCAGAUCUGAGGACAAAAUAAGAUUCUUUGCAAUCUGGAGUCAAAAUGGAGCCUGAUUGGCUGUCAGCCAAAACACAUCACACACGUCUUUGUUUAACUGGAAUCACUUCCAUAACUUCAGUUUCACAACAAAAGACUAUUUUAUUUUAUUGUACUUUUAUAUAAAUCAUGUUUCUGUUGUUUGCGGCUGAUGUCAGUAUUAUAAACAGGUGAGGAGGACGUGAAGCUCCUGCCCAGAUCAACAGGUCUGUUCUGGUCUUAUUGUUUCCUUUGCUGCAGCAGCUGGCGGCACCUGUUAGGUUUGUGGGGCGACGGUGGCACAGGAGUUAAGUGCUCGCCCCGCAGUCGGAAGGUUGCAGGUUCGAGCCCCGCUCAGUCUGUCGUUGUCGUUGUGUCCUUGGGCAAGACACUUAACCCACCUUGCCUGCUGGUGGUGGUCAGAGGGACCGGUGGCGCCAGUGCUCGGCAGCCUCGCCUCUGUCAGUGCGCCCCAGGGCAGCUGUGGCUACAUUGUAGCUCAUCCCCACCAGUGUGUGAAUGUGUGUGUGAAUGGGUGAAUGACUGAUUGUGUUGUAAAGCGCCUUGGGGGGUUCCAGGACUCUAGAAGGCGCUACAUCAAACACAGGCCAUUUACCAUCUGUGAGUGAAAAGGGAACCGUGUUACAGUUAAAAUGUUGGUUUUGUCCGUAAAACAGUUUUUAUUUUAAACAGAAUUACACUUUGAUUUGUGCUUGAAAGCCACUACAGUUAGCUGAUCUGAGUUAAUCCCUCACACAGGAAGAUUACAACCACAUCUUUCUGAUGAUUAAAUGGUUUGUAGUUUAGUUUACAGAAAGAAAACACAACAAACCCUUUUCCUGAAAACAUUUUUCGUCUAGUAAAAUCAAAGUUUUGUGGUUUGCUGCCAGCUUCGACCCAUGAAUUUAUUUGAUGUGUCUGCUCAUAAAUGAAACUAAAAUUGUUAUCUCUGAGCUGUCAAAGUCCAUUAAACACCAGGUAUUUCCUCUCACCACAGUUACGUUUAAAUGUCUGAAUAAAGUUUGUAAGAGAAGUCGCUCGUUUGUUAUUAAGCAUACAUUUGAUAUAAUGAUGUAAACAUAACUUUUAUAUUUCUUACCAUUUGUUUGUGUGACUAGUGAACUCAUGAUGUCUACAGCCAUGUUUGAAUGGACAGUGGUGGGUCUGUUAUAGUGUAAAGGUACAUAGCCAUUUGGUAAUAAGCCAUGUCCUGAAAUAGAAACCAUCAUUGAAUGAUUUAAUUCUCCGACUCUGAUCAAAGUGGGUCAGAGUCUGUGUCCAUCAUCCUUUCUGUGAAAGGAUCUUCCUGCAAGAGAAUUUAAAGUUUGUCAGCCCGUUAAAAAUGAUUUGUUAUAAUGAAGUCUGGUUUGUGCCUUUUUGGUACUAAUGUCCUCCAUAUACAAUAAAAUGGUACAUUUAUA